UAAUUUCACAGCCAAGUAGAAAACUUGAUUGUCUUUUGCAACUCUAGCAUUUUGGGUGAGAGGCGAAGUGUUAGAGAUUUGCACUUCUUUGGCUAGAAAAUACUAAAAAGAGAUGGCUGGUAUUUCUGGUCACUGGGCUUUUGCCUUUGGUGUCCUUGGUAACAUCAUCUCAUUCAUUGUGUUCCUUUCUCCACUGCCCACGUUUUAUAGGAUAUACAAGAAGAAAUCAACAGAAGGCUAUCAAUCAAUCCCGUACGUGGUUGCGCUCUUUAGUUCCAUGCUUUGGAUUUACUAUGCACUUCUCAAGACCAACACUACACUCCUCAUCACUAUAAACUCCUUUGGGGUCUUCAUUGAAACUAUCUACGUUGGUUUCUACCUUUUCUACGCGCCAAAGAAAGCCAAGGUCCAAACUGUGAAGAUGCUCCUAUUAUCAGUGGUGGGUGGCUUUGGUGCUAUAGUUCUGGUUACCCAAUUUCUAUUCAAAGGAGCAGUUCGAGGGCAAGUAGUUGGAUGGAUUUGCCUUGUGUUUUCCUUGUGUGUGUUUGUAGCACCCUUAGGCAUUGUGAGAAAAGUUAUAAAAACAAAGAGUGUGGAAUACAUGCCACUUCUCCUAUCAGUGUUUCUCACGUUAAGUGCUGUGAUGUGGUUCUUCUAUGGUCUUCUACUAAAGGACAUCAACAUAGCUGCUCCAAACGUAUUGGGAUUCAUAUUUGGUAUUCUCCAAAUAGUACUCUACGCAAUAUACAGCAAAAAGGAGAAGGCCAUAUUAAAGGAGCAAAAACUUCCAGAGAUACAAAAGCCAGAAGUCAUAGUGGUGGACGAGAACAUGAACAGUAAAAAGCUUCCAGAACUGACACAGGAACAGAUUAUUGACAUAGUGAAGCUUGGUUUACUGGUUUGCUCAGAUAAAGUUAACGUAGCCUCGCUUCCACAUGAUACUACUUGUGGAGUUAAAGCACCUAAAGUAGAAAACAUGCCCAAGCUGCAAACUGUAGAAGCCUAGGACAGUUAAUGUCAGGCUUGGAAUUAGCAUUGAUCUCAGUGCAGCAUAUAUAUAGUUUUCCUAAGUAAUCCUGGUGUGUAUGUACACAAGUUAUCUCUAUAUAAGCUCAUAUAUAUAGUUUGUGUAAGCUUUCUCUUGGCAUGUCCUAUAAAAGAAUAAAAUGGUCAUCUUGAUCUAUAUAUAAGAGGCUAGGCGUGAAAGUUUUCUUUUA